CCCGCGGCUGUGUGUGGCCGGUGUGUGUGUGUCUCUUCAGGAGGAAGACUUAACAGUCAUUUAUCCCCUCACACACACACACCGUAGUUUACUCUCGUUUUCCGCGUUUCCGAGAGCGGAUACCACAAUGGCUUAACGCAGAACCAUGUCACGGACUUUAUUCGUUUUUUAGUUAGAUUUUUGGGCUAUUUUUCGCGCCCCUCAGUGAGCUAAGCUAGUCAUCGAGCUCGUGAGCUAAGACUGGAUUUGUUUAUAAAAGUUCCGUACACCGCAAAUACCAUACAAACGACUGUUUUCCACGGACAGAUCCACUUGGAAUUAUUUAUAAAGUCACUCCCGGGUAGGACCGGUUGAAAGGAAGAAGGGUCAACAUUACCUCACCGAAGCUAACGAGCUAAUGCUCGUGUCCGCGCGAGUGACGAUUAGCUCAUUUAAGCUGGCGUUUAACGUGAACGAUUGUGUUUCUUCGGUCUUUGACUUGUUUUGCAGUCAUGGUAAAUGCCUGAUCUGUGUUGGGGAGUGGUGGUGGGCUGUUGGUCUGUGCUUGCAUAGUUCGGCUGCAACCACUCACAUUAUUUAUCUUCAGUAGUUGGUUUAACGUUUGUAUUAGUGCGUUAUGUGGCUUAUCAAUCAGUCCGAAGAUAGACAGUUGGUUAUUAUUCUAGAAUAAUCGCAUCUCACAUGGACAGCGCUAUUUUGUAAGAGGGCAGGUGCACUGACCCAACUGAUUAUUAGUCUAAACAAGCCUCUGUAAGUGUGUUACUGGUUUGUUUCCUGAUCAGGCCUAUGGUUGUAACGGGGAAUAAGGAUGAGUCGUUUAGGCAACGAGGUUUAACACGUGGAUUGUCAUCUCCAAAUACAGAUUUGUGUGGAAGUGGGCAGCUACACUUGACACAGUCUUGGGCUUGGCCUGGCAUCAUGGGGGGUCGUGCAACGGGGCUUUUGGUCAUCUACAUAGUCUCUAAUUAGUCUUUUUGACGUUAUGUAGUCGAUUUAGAAGUCAAAUAUUUCUCUUAUAACUAUGUGCGUUCUCCGUCCCACGACCGACACUUGAUAUUUUAUUAAAAACAAGAUUGAACUGGACCAACUGGUCAGUCUGGAUUAAGUGGCCCUGUCAUUUGUUUCUGAUUGGAGUAACAUUCCCCAGCCAUCAUCCUCAAUGCCUUCAGCGCUGGCCGUGUUCACCUGCCGCCCGAAUUCACACCCAUUUCAGGAGCGUCAUGUCUACCUGGAUGAGCCGGUCAAGAUCGGGCGCUCGGUGGCCCGGAGUCGCCCAGCCCAGAACAACGCCACCUUCGACUGCAAGGUGUUGUCCAGGAAUCACGCUCUGGUGUGGUUCGACCACAAGACAGGAAAGUUCUAUCUCCAGGACACCAAAAGCAGCAAUGGCACCUUCAUUAACAGCCAGCGUCUGAGCCGUGGGUCGGAGGAGAGCCCACCAUGUGAGGUGCUCUCUGGUGACAUCAUUCAGUUUGGGGUGGACGUGACUGAGAACACCCGGAAAGUCACUCAUGGCUGUGUAGUGUCGACCAUCAAGCUCUUCCUACCAGAUGGCAUGGAAGCUCGGCGACGAUCAGAUGUUGUUCCAGCACCACUACCACUUGCUAUUGAUAAGGUGUCUGCUAGUACACCCAGUAUGUAUUCUCAGGAACUGUUUCAGCUUUCCCAGUACCUGCAGGAGGCCUUACACAGAGAGCAGAUGUUGGAGCAGAAGUUGGCCACUCUUCAGAGGUUGCUGGCCAGCACACAAGAAGCAUCAGAAAGCAGCUGGCAGGCUUUAAUCGAUGAGGACCGGUUACUCUCCAGAUUGGAGGUGAUGGGGAAUCAGUUGCAAGCAUAUUCAAAAAACCAAACAGAAGACAGUAUCCGCAAGGAGCUUGUAGCCUUAACAGAGGAUAAACACAAUUAUGAGACGACAGCCAAAGAGUCCCUGAGGCGGGUCCUUCAGGAGAAGAUCGAGGUUGUCAGGAAGCUGUCCGAGGUGGAGAGGAGUUUGAGUAACACAGAGGACGAGUGCACGCACCUGAAAGAGAUGAAUGAACGCACACAAGAGGAGCUCCAAGAACUCGCCAACAAAUACAACGGAGCCGUUAAUGAAAUCAAGGAUCUUACAGAACAGAUUAAGUUGGCGGAGGGCAAACAUGAUGAGCUCACUCAUAAAGGACUGAAUGAGAAGAAAGAACUGCAGUUGAGGAUUGAAGAGAUGGAAGAAAAGGAACAAUCGCUUCAGGCCCGAAUCGAAGCCCUGCAGGCAGACAACGACUUCACGAAUGAGAGACUAACGGCCCUGCAAGUCCGUUUAGAACAGCUGCAGGAGAAAAGCAUAAAGGAAAACAACAGUUUAGACCACUUUCUUUUAAAGAGUGGAGGAGACUGCACUUUAAUCCAACAGUACAUUAAGUGUCAAUCGGUGAGGCAGUUAAAGGAGGUUGUGGACUCCUCUAUUAACAAACUGUCCAACUUUGAUGAGGUCAUUGAUGCACAUCUUCAGAAUAAUCAGACGACUGUGGACAACAGCCUGGCCAGUGCAGACAGACUUAAAGAAAACCAAAUAGACGCUAAAGAGUGUGACAUGUCAGAUACUCUGAGCCCCAGCAAGGACAAAAGCAGCGACGACACCUCAGACGGACAGAUGGAUGAACAAGAACUGAAUGAGACUCAGAACAGGGUUUCUCUUUUGAAAGAGAUGGACAGGAACCUGGAUUCCGAAGACACUGAGCAAGUCAUUCCACAUCUCCACAGAGAGCUGCAGGAGGCACAGGAGCUCGCUAACACUGGCAAACAGAAAUGCCUCGAGCUUCAAGCUCUGCUGGAGGAGGAGAGGAGAACUAACAGACAGCAGACGGAAGAAUCUGCUAAACAGAUCCACUUCUUACAGACUCAACUAUCAAAGCUCCAGUCUGACAUGGAAGCUCUGCGUGAACAGAGGGAGAAUACUAUUACCAGCACCAGAGAGGAGCUCUACAGCGCUCAGGAGGAGAUCCUGGUGCUCCGUCACGCCAUGGAGGCCGCCACUGCCGAGCGGGAGCGCGAGAUCGCUGCCUUGCAGGGAGACCUGAGCAUCGUCACUGCCGAACUAGACAAAUGGAGACAGACGGCCGCCAAGUAUGAAGUGGAAAUCAGCAAUCUACAGGCCAGCUUUCAGAUGCAGAGCCAGCAACAAGAGAGUGCCAGUCAACUACUAGGUGAGCUGGAGAAGCUUCAGACCGAGUGCUGUGGUCUUCAGCAUGAGUGUGACAGUUUGCGUACUGAGAAAACCACACUGUUACAGAAACUGCACAGACUGGAAGAAGAGCUCAGCAGCUCCAGAGAACAGAGUGCGACCCUCAGCAGCAGUUUAAAUGCUCUGGAGAAAUCACAGGGUGACCUGGAGAACAAACUGGGCUCUAUACAGGAUCAGCACCAACAAAACGCCAGCAAACUGAAGAUACAGCUGGCCCAAGCCGAGGACCGCACCAGAGAUCUGCAGAAGGAGUAUGAUGACACUCAGAAUCUGCUGUCAGACCUCAGGCAGCGGUAUGAACAGACCGAACAGGAGAAACGCUCCAUCAGUGAUGAGCUGGAGCAGUGCAAGGUCAAUCUGAAGCUCCUGCAAGAGAAAGGCAGCAAUCCAUCCAUAUUGCAGCCUGUCCAAGCCAUUUUCAUCGGUCUAUUCCUGGCUUUGCUGUAUUGGUGCUUCGGCCAGUUGUGGUAGAAAGAGCGGAUGGAUGCCCUGGAUGCCGGUGGUCGCCACCGUGAUUGCCGUGGCAGCAGUGGUGCUUUAUCCUAACCUAUCCAAGAGCUCGUCCUGAGAGAGCGAAACCAAUCGCAACACUUUUGUGUAUGUCCAGCCCCAGUCAUGUUUAGUCCUGGGAUGAGUUCUAAAACUGAACAUAAUACCUCCUGAUUUACAGCCCAUUGGGUCUCUGCAAUGUCUGUGUAAAUGCAAAUGUAUAUAAUAUAGAAAGACAGAGGGGAUGAAGUCGUAUCGUAUAUUAUAGAAUAAAUACUAUAUCUGCAUUUUUGACAUUCGGAUGGGAAUUUCAAAUUAUUAAAAUGGCCUAACAUAGGCCUAACGUUUUUGUUUUCUUAGAUGGGGGUACCACGUUUUCUGUUAGCAAGUUUGUUUUUUAUUGACUAUACUUGUUGUUUGCCAUGUUAGUUGUUAAUGUGGUAUUCCAAAUAGAUGUAAAGCCAAAUGAGAAUCUGAACUCUAUGGCACAACUCGAGGGGUGAAGUGCCUAAUUUUAAAUAGUUCACAUUGAAGUGCCACUCAUGCAGCGUCUCAUUAAUUUGAAUUUAAACAGAAACGUCAGAAUUUCACGAUGGUCUGUGCUGUAUUUGUGUUCAAACUGACAUGCUUCAAGCACAGUGAUGUCGUUGUACUCUGUGGCUGUUCUCUCUUGUAUCGUGUAUUCUAAGCAUAUGUUUAUGUUAAAGACACUACAAGUAUCUGAGUGAUUUUGAAAUUCGACUUUCUUCACAUGUACGAUUGUGGUCAUUGUUGAACGGAAUGGAACAAAUGACUUAAAAACAAACGUUGUAGCUUUUUACCAACACUGAAGACGGGGCACUUUCAUUUCACGGCUAUGGCCCGUUGUUUGAAUAAUAAAAUGGUCUUCUGCAGUACCUCCUGAAGAAGGCUCUGGGAUUUUGCGGCCUUACAUGUUUUCUCUUCUCACAGAAUAAAAUUGAUUGCAAAGGCUUUGAUGCCGAAGUAGAAAUAUAUAUUAAAAAAAAUAUAUUGGUGGAAGUGUCAAAAAUCCACACUUAUAAAGCACAGAAAUGGGUGCGAAUGAAUUAUUUUGGUGAUGAAAGGGGAAUGAGUUUAAAUUUGAAUGUGUGGGUUGCUUAAGACAAAUUAACCAAUGAUGUGUUUGCUGUGUGCUUCACAUUUGUCUGCUGUGCUGUAAAUAAACAGUCAUCGAGCAAAACCGCAGUUCAUCUGAUUCAGCAGUGUCUUGAACUUUUGUUUUUUGCAUUUUUUUCAUCUUUUACUGGAAAGACAAAAUUCCAGACCAAAAUCCAGAAUGGAUUUUACCACAAAUGCAAAAAAGCAAAGUUUGUAGCAUAGAAAGAGAGAAAAAAAAAGAGAAAAAAAAUGAUCUUUUGCAUUGACAAUAUUACACCACAUUGUUCAUAAACUUUCAAAUGGCAAGAUGGACUUUAUUUCGGGGACUUUUAUUUUGUAACCUAACAAAGGUUUGAAACAUAUUUCUUUACAGGACAUAAGGCACGUUUAGAAAAAUGCUCAUGGGCUGUUUGUAAAUAUGUAUGUAUGAAUGUUUGUGUGUAAAUAUGUUAGUCACAAAAUAAAAAUUGGAUAUUGUUCACAUCUAA